AUGCAGUCGACUUCGUGUUCUUCAGAGCCUAAUCAGCGCAUUGCCAGGAUCGCUGCCCACCUCAACCCUCCCAAUACCCAGAUGGGAGAGAGUUCGGCCCCAGCCCGGUGGAAUUGCAGGGCGAAAGGCGGGUCUUCCGGGUUCAAGGUGGCGAUACUGGGAGCGGCAGGUGGGAUUGGGCAGCCGCUGGCGAUGUUGAUGAAGAUGAAUCCGUUGGUCUCUGUCCUUCAUUUGUAUGAUGUCGUCAAUACCCAUGGCGUCACUGCUGAUAUUAGUCACAUGGAUACUGGUGCAGUGGUACGUGGGUUCUUAGGGCAGCAGCAAUUGGAAGAUGCUGUCACGGGAGUUGAUGUUGUGAUCAUACCUGCUGGUGUCCCUAGAAAACCAGGAAUGACAAGGGAUGAUCUAUUCAACAUCAAUGCUGGAAUUGUUAAGACACUCUGUGAAGCAAUUGCUAAGUGCUCUCCUCAGGCCAUGGUCAAUAUAAUUAGUAAUCCUGUAAACUCAACGGUACCAAUUGCAGCUGAAGUUUUCAAGAAAGCUGGAACGUAUGAUCCAAGGCGGGUUUUGGGAGUCACAAUGCUUGAUGUUGUUAGAGCUAAUACCUUUGUGGGUGAGGUUAUGGGUCUUGAUCCAAGGGAAGUCGAUUGUCCAGUUGUUGGGGGUCAUGCCGGAGUUACUAUUUUACCUCUCCUAUCACAGGUUAAACCUCCAUGCUCUUUCACCCAGAAAGAAAUCGGUUACUUGACUGAUCGCAUUCAAAAUGGUGGUACUGAAGUUGUUGAGGCAAAAGCAGGCACCGGUUCUGCAACACUAUCCAUGGCCUAUGCUGCCGUUAAAUUUGCAGAUGCUUGUCUUAGAGGGUUGAGAGGAGAUGCUGGUGUCGUGGAGUGCGCCUAUGUAUCCUCUCAAGUGACAGAGCUUCCUUUCUUCGCAUCAAAAGUACGGCUUGGCCGUGCUGGAGUAGAAGAAAUUUACCCACUUGGCCCCCUUAACGAGUAUGAAAGGGCUGGCUUGGAGAAGGCAAAGAAAGAAUUAGCAGAAAGCAUUCAAAAGGGGGUUUCCUUUGUCAGAAAAUGA